AUGGAGGAGGUUGAGCCACAAGAGGAGGAAGGAAGAACUCCCCAUGUACCAAGAGCACUACAAUGCUCUCUUCUCCAUGGACUUUGUGGAACCAAGUACCCACAUGUUGACACAAUGAAGGCCCUUGGAAUCUUUGAAGAUGUGGAGUUGGUUCUCAAGAACAUGCACUUGGCCAAGCUUUUCUCUCACACAUGGAAUCCUACAAGGAGCUCACUUGCGAGUUCUUGCUUCAAUGAGGCAGCUUGGAGAUCUUGUUUGGGUUCAACUAUGGAGAAGGUAAGUGGAACUUCAAGGAAAAGGAACUCCAAAGGGUUUGGGCUACAAUCGCUGAUGGAGUGUACUCUUCCUCAAGGUCCAAGGCUGCUCAAAUCAGGAGCCCAGUGCUUGAGGUAUGUGCACAAGGCACUUGCCAACACCUUCUUUGCAAGGAAGGCACCGGGACAUCAACGAGGGGGAACUCAAACACAGCCUACAACACUCAUCAACAGGAAGAAGCUAAGUGUUGGAGGGCUCAUCACUCCUAUCUUGUGUGCUGCUGGAGUGAACCCAACUGAUAGAGAGCCACUGAACCAGGUUGGAUGGACAUCAAGUUUUGCAAGACCAACCUCCUCAUUGAGCACAAGGAGUUGGAUGGGAGAGGAGCCUGAGCUCGAUCGAGCUGAGGAUCGAGCUGAGUCUCAAGCUGAGGAUCGAGUCCAGGAGAGUGCGGAUUUGGGUGAGCCUGAGUGCUAUUAUUUUGAGGAGUAUGAGGCUCCAAGGAUGAACCCCUCUGUUGUGGCUGCCCACAAGAGGAUUGGACUUCUCCAAAAGUUCAACAAAUGGCAAGGGAAAGCCAUUGAGAAGAUGCAAAAGUCCAUGGACAAGAUGGUGAGCAAGAUCAAAAGUUUGGAGAAGAAGGUUUCUGGUUCUUCAAGCAAGAAGAAGAAGGCUCCCAUGAGUUCCACAUUCCUAGGAGUAGAUCACUUCUCACCACUCCAAGGAGGCUCCCUGCCCAAGAGCCUCACAGAGCCUCUUCUUUCGAGCCAAGGGAAGGAGAAGACAACUCGCAGAGAAGGAGGAAGACUUCUAAGGCCAGACGCUCCAGCUCGACCACCGGACUCGAUCGAGUCCAAACAGAGGAAACUCAACUCGAUCGAGCUGACGGUCGAGUUGACUGAGGAGCCCAGUUUGAGGAUCCGGAUUUGA